AUCGAAAGCAUCGGAAGCAUGUGGCGUGGACCGGUCGUUGUGUUGCUCCUUCUCGUCUGUCGCGAUUCGCUCGAAGCUGGAGGUCGCGACGUCGAAGCAAGUGUGGACGAGUUGUUGCGUCGAGACGUCCGUGAACCGGUCGAACCAUGGUCGGCCUUCGCCACGGAAGUCGAGGAUUUGCUGGGAGAGGGAAACUCGCCGAAAAAAGAGAAAACUGGCAAGAAGGGUGCGAAGAAUGCGUCUGGCAAAUCAGACGAGGGAGGAUACUACAAAACGUACGGCAGCGACGCUGAGGGCGAGAAGGGUUACUUGACGGCAACCUACAGCAAGGGCAAUCACGGCUAUAAGAGCCUCGACACCUUCCACAAGCAGGAUGGCGACAAGUACGCAUUCGAGAAGCACGUUGCCUACGGCAAAGCGCGUGCUGACAAGAAAAGUAGCCACAACGACGAGGCAGCCUCUCGUUCCAGAAAAGCCGGUGAUCACGAGGGUGCAGAUACCAUCGUCGAUACCCAUUAUGCAACCAACGAGGGCGAUCAUCACGACGGUGGCGAAGAACACGAUGCUGAAGCCAACGAUCACGGGAGCUAUACUCACGAAGAUGGCGCUCACUAUAUGGCUCAUGGACCAGAAUCUUCGAGUUAUGGACAUAGUGAAAGCUACACGGAUGGAGAGGGUGAACAUAGUUCUUACGGAAGCUACAGCUCCUACUCGAGAGACUCUGGCGGCGAACACGGUGGUGACGGAGACCAUUACUAUUAAUCCUUUGCCAAAUGGCUGAUGUUUAGUUGUCCGAUUUUCUAUGGAAUGUAUUAUUACGGCAAAAGUGCCUAAUUUCGAGACCAGAACGGUAUAAGUGGAAAUGACGAUAAUUAGAACGAAACAAUGGGAACAAGAAGCGAUAUUUUGUAUAAAUAUCGUCGUCGGUGUAGAAUGAUAUUUCCCUUGACGUAAAAUUGUUUUGAAAAUUGUACGCGAAGGAUUAAAAUUGGCCGAAAUGAAGUUGUUAAAUGUUUGUUCAUGGUUGCUAUAUUUAUAGUAUUAGACGUUUAAUUAAUAGACAUUAGACUUUAUUUUUAGACAUUUUGUGUACAAGUAUAGAAAUAGUUUCUUCCGUAGAGCGUUUAUUGUGAAACUUACUAAAUUAUAAUUUACAAUGUUGUUUCUCUGAUCGCAUAUCUGUUACGAUUAAUAAAUUAUACGAGCUUGUUUAUUUAAUAUCGUGUAUUAAAAAAGAAGAAAAGGCGAGGAAAUAAACGCUCGAUACAAUACUCGAUAGAACUUUUCAAACGUAUCCAAUUAUAUUCACACGAUGUUCUCGAACAGCAGAUUUACGUAUCAAGCGAAAUUCGGAAAAUCCGCUACGUAAAAUGUAAAGCGUGAUAUUUCAACAGCAAUUACUGACAAUUUUUUAAAUUAACGCGUCGAUGUAGAAAAAAUUAUACAAAUUGGACGAGAAACGUAUAAACGAUGGGCUGGACGCGGCACACCGUUCAAUUUCGCGUCAUCAAUUAAGCAUCGAUCAAUUAAAUCCGUAUGAUUAUGAGAAUAAUCUGGAUCAAACGGCUUUCGAUAACAACGAAUAUCGUAUCAUGUGGAAAUGCAUUUUUGCGACGUGCUCGUACAAUAUUCUUAUUAAAUGUUUCAUAAUUAAUACGUGGGUGUCUGUUUGUUUACGACGUUAUCAAAAAUCGAUCGAUAUUGUUUGAUGUAAUCGCGCGAUCGCAGACACGAAACAACUUGUUAGGGGACGAAUUUUCCAUGUGUGCAUUACGCUCGAACUGUCAAUGCUUCCCAUUGUUACUUGACAAUAAUACGAACACCAAUUAUUUUAGAAAUGCAAUGCGCACGCGCGCGGGCGCGUGCGUUCGUUGUGUAACAACGCGUAAUUUUGAUGCCAUGCAAAGGUGGCGCGUUGUUAUUACGAAAUUUAAUGAUAUUACGUUUGUAUCGCAUUGAUGAGCCGAUCUAAAUUGCAAUUGGUCAUCGUUCGCUGUUGUUCGUCGGUGCUCGUUACAUUAACGUUCCUAUAGCCACGCUCCAUUAUUGGCCGGGUAAUUUGUUCGAGAUCCAUAUCAUCGUGUCAAGUGAUAAGUACUAUCGAUCUUGGACGGCCCCGAUAAUUUAUAAUACACUGGAGACGGCGAAAAAAGUAGAUGCAAGUUAAAUUUUAAACAGAACGAGGUAAAGUUAUUUGAGUCGAACCAACUUUCCUACGAUCGAUAUUAUUUGCUAUAUGUGUUUCAUUAAUGUUCAUGUACCAUUGUUUCAAAAUAAUUGGCUAAAGUAUCCGGAUAUUUAUGAGCCUUGUUGUAUCUAUUUUUUCUUAGUCAGAUCGAUAAUAUUGGUUUCCAGAUUAAUUUGGUAGAGGGUAUUUUUGUUGUCCUACUGAGAGAUAAUAAUUGAAAAAUAGAUAAAAAGAAUUGACAGAAAAUCAAUUCUCACGGCAAGAAAUAUAUACGUUUUAAAUGGAUUCGUCUGGGUACGGUUUUAUACGACUCGAUUUGCGAGAAAGGUUUUUCAACUAUUUUCGAAAAGAUUUGACAACCGUUGUAUUAAU